AUGAUUAGUGAAACAUCACGUAAUGUUGCAGCUAUUGUCAAUUCCGAUAAAGGAUCCUGGCAUAUUCGAUUUAUAGUUAUGUCUGCAUCUAGUGAAUUGUUUCAAGUUCCCGGCUAUAAUAUACCCACCUGUGUGAAGUGUUCGGAACAUUUGACAAAUAGCGGUAAUGGUUUUUAUCAAUCUGUAGCUGCCUCCGCUGCAUCCGGACAACCGGCUUUGUCUGCAACAGCCGCUGCCGCCGCCGUCGCCGCUGUGGUUAACAGCACCACCAACUCCUCGAACGCAUUGAAUCAACAGCAAAUGCCUCAGCAAUUACAACAGCAACAGCAGAAUCAACAACAAACGCAACAGCAACAACAACAACAGCAGACCCAGCAGCAGCAACAACAACAGCAACAACACCAGCAACUGCAAAAUUCCACAAAUUCAACAAAUAGUCUACAGUCGCAGGACGAUUCAGAAGAUCAGACAGUUCAGCAACAGCAACAGCAACCAACGCGCCGUCCACGUAACGGUGUUAAAAAUAAAUUACAACAAAUCACCAUGUCCUCCUAUGAAUUGGAGAAGACCAUACAACAUUUAGAUGUACCUAUUAUUUGUUUUUGUAUAAAACUAUUGUAGAAACAUUAUAUUGCUUUCAAAAAAUCCCAAAAAAAUGUAAGCUUA